AUGGCCGACUCCGACAACAUCCCCGGAGAAGCCCCCGCGCCGGUCGAGCACUUGAACAUCAAGGUCACGGACAACAACAACGAAGUCUUCUUCAAGAUCAAGCGAUCCACGCAGCUCAAGAAGUUGAUGGACGCUUUCUGCGACAGACAGGGCAAGCAGAUGUCGACCGUCCGCUUCCUCUUCGACGGGACUCGCGUACGACCUGAAGAUACCCCCGAUACGCUCGAAAUGGCCGACGGCGACACCCUCGAAGUCCACCAGGAGCAAAUCGGCGGGUAG